AAGUGAAUGAGCAAGAGGUCGUAAGCAUAACCUUAUUGUAAGUGGAAUUUAAAGUUAAAGAAUGAAAAUAAAAACGAAUACAGGCCUUUGUGCCGUAGUGGUUACAUUAAUAGGAUUCUUGUGUAUACUAAUUGCCUUUUGCACCCCUUAUUGGCUAGUAAACGAUGGAAAAAUUAGUAAUCCCCAAUUUUUACGCAUAGGACUUUGGGAAGUGUGUUUUCAAAAGUUUGAAGACAUUAGGCAUUUUUAUGAUUAUCGUUUCACUGGCUGCUGGUGGGUUUUUGAGGAGGAAUAUUACAUUAUUGAUGAUUUUCUUCUACCAGGAUUCUUCAUUGCAACCCAAUUUUUCUUUACUCUGUGUAUGACUUUGUUGUUAAUUGCUGCCUUCCUAACAUGGAUGUACAUUUUCUGCAGUAGACAUCAUGAUAAGUACCUUAUCCUAUUGUAUAGUAUUGGAACUGAUCUUAUUAUAGCAGGUAUUUGUGGAACCAUAGCAGUUAUUAUUUUUGGUGCAAAUGGGGACAGACGUGACUGGAUGCCCAACUGGGAACAUAACGAUCUUAGCUGGUCAUUUGCUUUAGCUGUUGUUGGUUCUCUACUCUUAUUGCCAGCAGGCUCUUUAUUUUUGGUGGAAGGUCGUCGUGCCCGGUUUAGAAAAUUGAGAAAUGAGGAUGAAGGCUCUCAAUAUGGCAUGGAUGUUCGUAAGCCUGCUGCCCACACUGAUAUUUAAUUAUAUAUGCAAUAAAGUGCAAUUAAACAAAAUGAUUACUAAACCUUUGGCAGACUUCCUAAAUUGAAUGAUCUUUACAAAUAAUAAGUCUUUGUUAUCUUUUAAUAUUGAGAUCAUAUUAACACCUUUUUGGUGUAAAUAUGACCAUUGUAUUUUGUUUUUAUUCAUUUGUUUGCUCUUGACAAUAUGUUAAAUGACUAAUUAUUGUAAAACAAUAUAACCAUUGUGCCUAUUUGCAAUUUUGAGCACAAAUUUUAUAACAAUUAGUGUAGAAAAGCAAAAGAUACACUUUUUACUAGAUAUAAUUUGCCAAAAUCUAAACUAUAUUUAUAUCAUAAGCUUUAUUUAGGGUAAAAAUAGUAUUGACUGUAUCCGUCCAAAUAUGUGUAUUAACAACUUAUAACGUGUUUUUGUAUAGUUUUAUUUUAACACUGAUGUUGCAAAGAUAGAAUAAGAAGGUAACUAAUUUACAGAGGAAUACUGUAUAAAUUGGCAUAAAUAAAUAAAAGAAUCUUUUUGAGCCAC